AUGAAAGUCUUCAAAUCGGCCACCAGAGGGCAGUAUCUGACCACAGCUGACAUCAAGCCCAGACUGCAGGCAUGGCUCAGGCACAGGGGAUUUACUGCUCCACAGAAGGCAGAGCUCAACUGGCAGCCAGCAGAUCAGUACAGUCAUUGGAGCACAGAUGAGAGGAGGCAUGGUGUGUAUGAGAGAAGUCUUGAUGGAGACACUUUAUCAGUGAUUGAGAACCCGGCGGCUGUCAGUCAAUCUUUUCACUCAGAGAAAACAGCAGGAGUUGAAGAGGCCAAGGGAGUGCAGAGCUGGUUAAAAGGGAUUCAUUCUACGACUCACACUCACAGGUUGGUGAGGCUCCUGGCAGCAUUGUGUGCGGUUGGACUCCUGGGAGGCUUAGCUGUAGGUGUCUGGUUUCUAGUCAAACUGCUACUGAGGCCUUCCUCCUCUCAGAGUCCAGUGGGACUUGGAGAUGCUAAGGAGACGUCCUUCUGCAAUGUGACAGAGGAGAUUUCUAUCUCUGACCCCAGGAAAGUGUUUUACAGAAUCAGCCCGGAGAACUCCCUCCUGGAGAUCCAGCUGGGGAAGCUCCCCACCUGGCUGCCGGUGUGCUACGAGAGGUGGAACUCUUCACUGGGAACACUGGUCUGCAGACAGCUGGGAUAUCUGAGACUGACUGAGCAUAAAGGAGUGAAUCUAACUGAUAUUGGGCCAAACUAUACUGAUGGCUUCAUACAAAUUACCUCCGAACAAAAGAGCAAUCUGGAAAAUAUGUGGCAGUUCAGGGGGAGCUGCAUCACAGGGAAGGUUAUCGCUUUGCAAUGUUUUGAGUGUGGGACAAGAGCGAAGCUGCCCAGGAUAAUCGGGGGAGUGGAGGCCACGCUGGGCAGGUGGCCAUGGCAGGUCAGCCUCUACUACAGCAACCGCCACACCUGUGGAGGCUCCAUCAUCACCAGUCAAUGGGUCGUCACAGCUGCCCAUUGUGUGCACAACUACAGGCUACCUCAGGUAUCUAGCUGGGUGGUCUACGCUGGCAUUGUGACACGCAGCUCUGCUAAAAUGGCUCAACACACGGGAUACGCUGUGGAGAAGAUCAUUUACAACAAGAAGUACAACCACAGGAGCCACGACAGCGACAUAGCCCUGAUGAAACUGCGGACUCCGCUGAAUUUCUCGGACACCAUUCGGCCUGUGUGUUUGCCUCAGUACGACUAUGAUCUUCCAGGAGGUACACAAUGCUGGAUCUCUGGAUGGGGAUACACACAGCCUGAUGGUGUUCACUCACCUGACACGUUGAAAGAGGCACCGGUUCCCAUAAUAAGCACAAAGAAGUGUAACAGCUCCUGCAUGUACAAUGGAGAGAUCACGCCGCGGAUGCUUUGUGCAGGAUACACAGAAGGAAAAGUGGAUGCAUGUCAGGGGGACAGUGGGGGUCCUCUGGUUUGCCAGGAUGACAACAUAUGGAGGCUAGUGGGGGUCGUCAGCUGGGGGACAGGCUGUGCUGAGCCCAACCAUCCAGGGGUAUACACCAAAGUGGCUGAAUUCUUGGGCUGGAUCUAUGAAAUGAUUGAGAAUUACUGA